AUGGACCUGAAUGCCAGUGGACUCACUCAGCGGUUGGCUGAAGCUGGCCAGUCUCACCUCCUGCAGUUCUGGGCUGAGCUGAGCCCUGAGGGGCAGGCUGACUUGAUCAAUGAGCUGCAGGGGAUGGACUUUCAGGAGAUCAACGGAUUCUUCAGAAAUGCCAUGGAGACAUCCAGCAGCAGCAAACACGAGAAGAUGGAUGCCCGCAUGGAGCCUGUACCGCGUGAGGUGCUGGGUAGUGUGACGAGGGACAGGGAAAAUCUCAAAGACUGGGAGCUAAGAGGUCUUCAAUGCAUCUCUCAGAGUAAAGUGGCAGUCCUACUGCUGGCUGGGGGCCAGGGAACCAGAUUGGGGGUCUCUUACCCCAAAGGCAUGUACAAUGUGGGGCUGCCGUCUCACAAAACCCUUUUUCAGAUCCAGGCUGAGCGCAUUUUGAAGCUACAGUGGCUGGCUGAGCAGAAGUUCAAAGUCAAGUGCUGUAUUCCCUGGUACAUCAUGACCAGUGGCAGGACAAUGGAGUCCACAGAAGACUUCUUCUUGCGGCAUAACUACUUUGGCUUGCACAAGAACAACAUCAUCUUCUUUCAGCAGGGCAUGCUACCAGCCAUGGACUAUAAUGGCAAGAUCAUCCUGGAGAGUAAAGGAAAGCUGUCCAUGGCUCCUGAUGGGAACGGGGGUCUUUACAGAGCUCUGGGCAACCAGGGCAUCAUGGGUGACAUGGAGCAGAAGGGAAUCGAGUUCAUCCAUGUGUAUUGUGUUGAUAACAUCCUGGUCAAAGUGGCAGACCCCGCCUUUAUUGGCUUCUGUGUGCAGAAGGGAGCAGACUGUGGAGCGAAGGUGGUGGAGAAAACCAAUCCAACAGAGGCAGUGGGGGUGGUCUGCAAGGUGGAUGGACGUUAUCAGGUGGUGGAGUACAGUGAAAUCACCCUGGCAACAGCUGAAAAACGCAGCACUGAUGGCCGAUUGAUGUUCAAUGCAGGAAACGUGGCCAAUCACUUCUUCAACUUUUCCUUCCUCAAGGACAUAGUACAGAAGUACGAGCCAAAGCUGCAGCACCAUGUUGCCCAGAAGAAGAUCCCAUAUGUGGAUGAUCGGGGUCAGCUAAUCAAACCAGACAAACCAAAUGGAAUUAAAAUGGAGAAGUUUGUUUUUGACAUCUUCCAGUUUUCCAAAACAUUUGUUGUGUACGAGGUACUGAGGGAGGAUGAGUUCUCCCCGUUGAAGAAUGCAGACAGUCAGGAUGGAAAGGACACACCCACCACAGCUCGACACGCCCUCAUGUCGCUCCACCAUCGCUGGGUGCUCAACGCUGGGGGUCACUUCAUUGAUGAAAAUGGCAGACGUGUGCCUGCCAUCCCCAGCCUGAAGGAUGGAACAGAUCUGCCAAUCAAAUGUGAAAUUUCCCCACUGGUUUCCUAUGGGGGAGAGGGUCUUGAAGAAUUGGUGAAGGGCCGAGAGUUUCAACCAACCCUGAUGAUCGACGAGCAUGGAGUCCAUGAGCUGGUGAAGAAUGGAGUUUAGUCAACGGAGGAGAGAGAGAGAGAGAGACAGCCCCAAAGACCAGCUCCCUUUCUGUCUCUAACCAUUUUCAGGGAGAAACUGUGAUGUCAUCACUGUGCAAUAGCAAAUGCCACAUGCAUGUGUCCAGGAAAGAAGCUGCCCCAUCCACAAUGAAGGAAUGAAUGAUUGAAUGCACAAGUUGAAGUGUACAGUUUACUUUUCAAUGCCAAAUUUUCUUUGCUUUGUACAUUGAUGUCACAGAUUAUUCAUAUUUGUUUUGAGGACACAGCAUGAUAUGAAGGAUGGCAUCCCUGUUGCACUAAACUAUAUGAAGCAUUACUCAAGUGCAUUUAUUUAUUUUGCUUAUGAAACUUAUUUUUAUAUGUAAUGAUAGAUACUCUCUAGGUGGGUAUAGCCAUCUACUCAUUUUACCUGGUGAUUUUUAUACAACAUUGGACUGAAACGAAAUGAGCAGAAAGAUGUUUCCUACUAGCAUGUCAUCAAGGUCCAUGGUAUGGGCUGUGGGGGGGUAUUUAUAAUAUCUGCUUACUUUCUGUUUGUAAUCAUUGAAGAUCAGUUAUUAUUAAGCUUUUGGACAAGCUGUGACUUCUGUCAUCUUUAUUAAAGAAUUUCCUACUUGGAAAAUAUCCUGAAUUAUCAUUGUCUGUGCACCUGGUAUUACUUACUACGGUGGGGAAAUCUGUUUACAUACUCAAAUUGUGGGGACUGAUGACUUGGUGUAAGGGUUAGAUGUUAGGCAGUUAUGGUGGUUAUGAUUAAGGUCAGGGUACAUCUCCAGGAAAUUAAUGCAAAGUUCCCACAAGGAAUGAAAAUAAACGUGUGUGUCUGUGUGCAUAACAAUGUGUUGGUAUGUUUUCUUUAAAAUGAGUGUAACCUAUGUGUAUGUAUGAGUUUCACUUGUCUCUGUCUGCUGGUAGUGUUUUUUGCAUUAUAGCCCCUGCUGUCAUGAAUCAGAGUUUCCAGCACAUGGUAUUUGUUUAAGAUGGGCCAGAGCAUGCAACACUGCUGCAGCUGUUCAGAAAAUAUUCUAUGUGGCUCCUUUCUGACUGGUUUUCCUUUGUUACUGUAGAGCCAU